AUGUCAACAACAACAACAGCAGCAGCAGCAGCAACCUCCUGGCCCAUCACCGCGUAUAAACCCCGCCAUACAACCUGGCCCUACACACCCGCAGACUUCACGCGCUCCGAUCCCUCGACGGACGAUAGAUUCUACAGCGUCCCGCGCUUCGUGACGCAUAUCGAUGACGCUGCGAUUGCUUCUCUACGGAACUACUACGAUGCUAUUCUGCCGCGUUCGGGCCGCGUACUGGAUUUCUGCUCGAGUUGGGUGUCGCAUUAUCCUGAGCGGGUAGAGAGUGCGGUGAAAGCGGGAGAGUUGAGGGUUGUAGGGUUGGGGAUGAAUCGGGCGGAACUGGAGGCUAAUGAUGUUUUAAAUGGGGGCCGAGGAGUUGUGGAUUUGAAUUUGAAGCCGGAUGUUGGUGCUGCGUUGAGGGAGAUGGAGGCUAAGGAUGGGGUUGAUGGAGGGGGUUUGCUGGAUGCGGCGACGAAUGUCGUUAGUACGGAUUACCUCACGCAACCUGUUGAGGUGCUGAGGAGUUUGAGAGAUGUGAUGCAGGAGGGAGGGAGGGUGCAUUUGGUUAUUAGCAAUCGGUGUUUUCCUACCAAGGCGAUUGAUCGGUGGUUGAAGGUUAGUGAGGAGGAGCGGCUGAACAUGGUGGGGGAUUUUCUGCAUUUUGCUGGGUGGAAGGAGAUUGAGAUUGUGGAGCUGAGUAGUGGGAAGGUGGAUGGGGACGAGGGCAAUGGGGGUGCUGGUGGUGCGCAGCGGAGUCUACAGAAUUUUAUGAGCUGGAUGGGGAUGGCGAGUCGGGAUCCGCUUUGGGUGGUGAGGGCGGUGAAGCGUGGUGAUUGA